CUCCGAAAAAGGGACAGUUGGGAGGUAUGCAAUACGCUUUUUAUUUUUGCUAUAAGAUACUUCUUGCUAACCAGGCCUCCCCUACAGGAGCUCUAUGUUUCUAGUCAACACCGAUUUUCCCGGCAGUCAGUUUGGGCCGCGCACAAUGCGGCGCAUUUGGCCUUCUGGUUGCGUGCGGGCGCUGCCGGGGAAUGUGGCUGCGCUAAGGAAGGGGCUGUUCUUCCGGUGUGACGAGGAGUCGGACGGCGCUGCUGCCAGAGGAUUGUAUCAGUAGUGCCGCUGCCAGAGACCCACACUGCCUGCAAAUGGUUCCUCUGCGCUCCAAGCUGCUCUGUCUCCUCGUGCUGCUCCUGGUGUCGGGCACAUUGGGCGCUCAGGCCAAUAGGAACCGCGGCCAUGACAAGCAGAACAAUUCCUUCCGCAAGGCUGCUACCGGCUUCUACCAGACCAUCAACAAUGUCUUGGGCGAGGAGAACGUGCGAGCGGUCCAGAAGUUUUUCUCCCGACUAACAGAGAGGUUUGUGUAUGGAGUAGAUGUAUUAGUGGAGACACUCUGGAGGAUAUGGACGGAUCUCCUGGAUGUUCUUGGAAUUGAUGCUUCCAAUCUGACACACUACUUCAGUCCUGCAGCAGUUGCCAAUAACCCUACUAGAGUUCUCAUGCUGGUUGUCGCCAUCCUCCUUGCUUACUGGUUUGCAUCCUUGCUGCUGGGAUUUUUCUUCUAUGUCCUACACAUCAUGUUUGGGCGAUUUUUCUGGCUUGUCCGUGUCUCUCUGUUUGCACUGUCAUGCAUUUAUAUAUUACAGAAGUAUGAAGGGGAACCAGAACAUGCGAUGAUCCCUCUGUGCUUCGUGGUGGCUGUCUAUUUCAUGACAGGGCCUGUUGGACCUUACUGGAGAAGAAGCGGCAACAACAACAACAACCUUGAAGACAAGAUCGAUCAUCUAGAUAACCAGAUUCGGCUUCUAAAUAUCCGUCUUACAAGAGUGAUUGAGAGUCUGGACAGAGCCAGUGAGCAGUAGCCAUUCUGUCUUCAAAACUCCAACACCAGCUUCUUUUGAAAGGAAAAGCACUGUUUUUAUUUUAUUUUUUUUUGUCAUAAUGUUCAUAAAGUGGUAGCCAUGGUAGAAUUGUACUAAAAACAUGAGAUGAGGUACAUGAUAAAAUGUUAGGCUCCUGAAACUGGUCCCUCUGCUGCACUGAAGCGAUUCAAAUGACAGCUACAUAAUAAAGCAUUUUUCUAAAGUUCUAUAAUUACACAGUAUAGGUACAUAUAUGUUUUUCAAGCUCACUUUUUAAUCUGCAUUUUAUGAGUGCAUCAUCAAUGAGAUCCUAUUUAAAGACAGUAAUCCAAAGCAAUUGCUACCAAAUGUAUUUCUAGACCCUCUUGGGGUGGUUGGAGAUUUCCAGCUAAGGCAGGAGGUAGAUUUUAUUCCAAAAUCUGAGUAAAAUAUGGAUUUCUUCAAGCACUGCUCUGUCGAGACUAUUGAUUAGGAUUUGUAAUAAACAUUUUAAUCGUGUUGGUUUUUGCUUGUGAUACAUUUUGCACCUUACUGUGGUGUAUGGGUACACUUAAAAUAUGCUGUUAUAUGUGCUGUAAGAGUUGUGGUUAACCAUUGGUCACAUUUUUAGUAUGUUUUUAAAUGCUUAUUUCUUUGUGCAUUUAGAUUAGAUUUACAGGUCAUUACUUAGACAAAUCAGCAGUGGUAGUGUUACUGUAUUGUUGCUGCUUAUCUUUCUCAGGUUUACUAAGCAGCAAUAAAUUGCUUUCAUUUCCAGGGUCUUUUUUGUGUGUGUGUGCACUGAUAUAGAUAUACGCCUCUGAUCAUUUGUAAAAACAAAUGCCUACCUAUUAAAUGCUUAUAAUGUAAUAUAGCAAGAUAUUGUUAUGAAUUAAUGUGUGUGGUAGUUUUAGUCUGAUGAGAAGUUGAUCUAUAAUUGGUGUUUUGCGAGGGACCUCUGCACAAUUGGAAUAAUCUACUUUUUCAUUGCUGUUGAUCGAAUGACUAAAAAUUCUGUAAUAAGAUGUAUAAAAACAGGCUGCUGACCCUGAGAAACUCGGAUGUAUGUAUAUAUAUAUAUAUAUAUAUAUAUAUAUAUAUAUAUAUAUAUAUAUAUAUCUAUCUAUCUAUCUAUCUAUCUCAUGUAAAACAAGGCUCUCACAGGUCUUAAAAUAUAGUGAAAAAGAGAUAAAGUUUAUUUGUUAUUCCAACGUUUCGGUCUUCCUUGAGACCUUUGUCCUUUGCUGUUAUUUCUGCAGAGAUGGCACAGUUAUCUAUUAUUGGGAAUGGUUGGGUUUUCCAAAUAAGCAGUUUUCUUCUGUAUUUCAUAUUGUCAAGUUCAGUGGCGUAGGCCGCCACCAUCCGAAUUCAAAGGUCAUCCAUAUUGCACAAAAAUUUGCCCCCCCCCUAUUUCUUUUGUAGUUGCACCAGUGGUCAUGUUUAAAAUGGAAAACAAACCCAAUACAAGGGAAUAUCUCAUUUAAAAUUGGCCAGUAUUGGGUUAGUUGAUAUCAUGUACAAGACAUUGCCUAAAUAUUACAAAGGAAACAAGCAAAAUGUAACUGUUUACACAGUAUGGAAUGUCUUUGCUGGUUUAAAAUAUUUGUGGAUAAUAGAAUUCUGACUAAUACAUCAAAUAGCUUUAACUAAAAUCAUUGUUAAAAUCAUAAUGUGGUUGUCAUUGUCAGUGCUUGACUUAGCCCUUUGUGUUAACCUGAAACUCUCUAUCUCUGUAUUCAAGGACAUUUAUAUGUGGUAAAUGAAGAAUAUUUGACAAAGGUUUCAAGCCAUAUACAGGUAUAGGCCACUAUACCUGUAUAUACCUGCAUGAAUUGUGCAUACUACAAUAUCUACAAUAUGCUACAAAAUCUCUAUGCUGGCAUAGAUUUAUGGCAAUUUGUAAAUUAUGAGAACACCUAGGGAUUUGCCCCUGCUGUGGCCAUGUUUGGGCUGUACAUGCCGCUUCAUACCCUGGUCUGCUAGUCCACAUCUGAUUCUGGCUUCUUGUAAUAGGAUUAUAAACACAGGCAAAUUAAAUUAUGGUAUCCCUUUUCAUAAAUCAUACCACCCAUAUAGCUUUUUAUUUACUGACUGAUGUAUUCAUAUUUGGAUUGGUAAAAUAGCAAUAAUUAUCAUUUUCUUAUAAGGGCCUUGUUUAUAUGUUCUGCAUCAGUGUAAUCUCUGCAGCAAACUGCACUGAAUGUAAGCCCUGGUACCCUAUGUGUGCAUACAUACCUAUGAUCAAUGGCUCUGUUAUUCAGUGACACAAAGCAGACACUUGGUAACAUCAUAAUUAUUGGGGCCAUCAUUAAAGCAUUGUUAGUUCACAAAUGACAAAAUAUAAAGCAACUGUGACAAUCAUCUGAAUUUGUAAACUGAGCACCAAGUGCAAUAGGACAAACAGAUGUUUUCUAAAAUAGGAGGUGUAUUUUGCUGUACAGUUCCUUGCAAAAAUGGCUUUCCAGGAUCUGGGGGGCCCCCAGAUAUUUAUACAGGGCCCAAAAUGAAAAUGUUCUGGGUCCCCAGCUCCAACUUGAAAUAACAUAGAUUGGUUGCUUUGAUAACCACUGGGGUCUUUCUACGCCUACUUUUACUAACCAAUACCAACAAUGUGUAUAUUUUUGGGGUGACAAAUUCCUUUGUUUUCAUAUUUAGGCAAUUUUUACCUGUUACCAUCCAUAGUAAGUUUUUUUAUUAAUGUGACCUUUGUACAGUUAAAGGAGGGGGGGGGCAUAUGUGACCAUAGGUUAAAGAAUGCCCUUUGUAUUGUUCAACUAUGUCCAAUGUAGCCCCAUGCCUAUUUGAUCAGCAUCCAGUCUGUCUGCCAUUAUAUGAAGAGGGCAAGGAUUAAUCAUAUGGCUGAUUCAUCUGACCACUCCACAUGUAAAAUGGGCUAAGAUAUGCCCAAGAAAUACAGAUAACACCAUCUGUUGCUUACAAAAUCAGAAACAUUCAGUAAAACUUUUUGGUGAUACAGCUGGUCACUUUUCCAUCAGUCUAACCUUCACUCCUACUAUAGGGAGCAAUAAAUAGGGAGGGCAGCUUUCAAAUUAAAAAA